GUGGAAUACUGUAUUUUUUUUUAAUUCGGAAAUCGACUUUGUUACCAUGAGUGAGCCUUUGAUUAGCAGGUCAUAUGGGUAUGCAAAUGUGAACGAUUCUAUUUUGUGAUUAGGGCAUUAAAAACAACUUUUUCAGGGCGGGUGUGUUGAAAUGAAAAAAUAUACAGCUUGAAUUGAUGGAACGCAAGACGCAUAACUCUACUCAUAAUUUUUAAAUGCAACGAGUACAUUAGCAUGAAGGUUGCGUUUAAAAGUAAAAGCUACCUCACGUAUCUAUCACACUAUUCAGUAUGUGCAAUUAAAAAAAAAACUCUUUUUUUGUACCGUCGGAAAAGUAUAUAAUAAGCUCCACACUAUUAAAUGUUGUCAGUAAAGUUUUCCAUCGGCAAUGCUGAAAAUAACUCAUUCGCAAUUGAAGCAACAUUUGAUCACCACUACUCUUAUUCAUAUUAUUGUGCCGCUGUAUUAUUAUUAAUAAAAUCUAGUUAUUUGCACAUUCGCGAUGGACAGAUGGGAAGGAAAGCUGGCCGUCGUUACAGGAGCUUCAGAAGGGAUUGGUCUAGCUAUUGCUCGAGCUUUCGUUCGAAGUGGACUAAAUGUUGUUGGACUCGCCAGAAGAAAGAAAAAAAUGGAGAACGAAAUGGCCAACGUUGAUGGAAAAGGAAGCUUUUACGCUUACGAGUGCGACAUAGCGAAUGAACAAAGCAUAAGCAAUGCUUUUCAGUGGAUUGAGGAAAAAUUCAAAACGAUCCAUGUACUUGUAAACAACGCGGGGGUAGGAAAACCUGGCAAAAUCAUGGAGCUUGAUUUCGAAGUUCUCAAAAAUGCAAUUGACGUCAACUUAACCGGACUGUUGCUUUGUUCAAAGCUAGCAAUUGUUUUGAUGAAGGAAGCUCACGAAGCGCACAUCGUCAACAUUAAUAGUGUGUUCGGACAUCAAGUUUAUAUUUCUCCAAAAUUGCCUUAUGCCAAUAUUUAUCCUGCAACAAAGUUCGCCGUGAGAGCUUUAUCGGAAGUUUUGAGACGCGAGCAAAACGAUGAUAACAUUAGGAUCACGAAUAUCAGUCCAGGAGCUGUGAGAACGGAAAUGAUGCAACAAAGUUUGGGGAAUUUAGAAAGGCUCGAGAUCUUAGAGCCCGAAGAUAUUGCAAAUGCAAUAAUUUAUGCGAUCGGCACGCCUUCGCGAGUUCAAAUAGAGGAAUUAACUAUUACGCCUGCGAAAAUUCUCUCUUAACGUAACGCUUAAGUAUUGUUAAAUAAAAUUGUUGGAAUACCAAGAAUUGUUAAUGAAGUAAAUAAGAAAGUGAAAUAAUGCGUAUAUUUUUCUUUAACUGGUAUGAUUAAACUAUAAUAAUAUUGGUUUACGCGAUAGCUAUGAAGUAUUUAUUUAUUUUUGUUCUAUAGCUUUAAAUACUAGAAAUGUUGCUAGCUGUGCAAAAAUAAUGACAUGAAAUCGAAAUAAAAAAACUCGCAAAAAU